UUUAUUUUGAAACUGAGCACCGGAUGUUGUCCGUGUCACCGUCUUGACGUGAGCUCGGGGUUUGAAACGAUCAUACGUGUCAUUCCUCAGAGUUUCAGUCAUUCACAAACGUCCCGGACACUUUUGAUGAACUGACCUCGUAGCUGUGACUCUCCUCUCACCCGUUCAGGCUGGUGUGUGGUCGCCCUGGUUAACGGUCGCUAACUUGCUACUCGAAGCAUGAAGGCUCUGAUACUGGUGGGCGGGUACGGGACCCGGCUGCGACCGCUCACCCUGAGCGUCCCCAAACCGCUGGUGGACUUCUGCAACAAACCCAUCCUGCUGCACCAGGUGGAGGCUCUGGUCAAGGCCGGGGUGGACCAUGUGGUUCUGGCGGUGAGCUACAUGUCAGAGCUGCUGGAGAGAGAGAUGAGAGUCCAGGAGCAGAGGCUUGGGAUUCGCAUCUCUCUGUCUCAUGAGACGGAGCCUCUGGGAACAGCGGGUCCUCUGGCAUUGGCCCGAGAGCUGCUGGACGUGGACAACGAGCCGUUCUUCGUCCUGAAUUCGGACGUCAUCUGCGAUUUCCCCUUCAAAGAUCUUAUGCAGUUCCACCGCAACCACGGCCAAGAGGGAACCAUCGUGGUGACCCGGGUGGAGGAGCCCUCUAAGUAUGGCGUGGUGGUGUUCGAGGCCGACACCGGGAGGAUCCAUCGCUUCGUCGAGAAACCGCAGGUCUUCGUCUCAAACAAGAUCAACUCCGGCAUCUACAUCUUCAAUCCCAGCAUGCUCAGCAGGAUCCAGCUGAGACCGACCUCCAUAGAGAAAGAGAUAUUCCCUGUCAUGGCGGAGGAGGGGCAGCUGUACACCAUGGAGCUACAGGGUUUCUGGAUGGACAUCGGUCAGCCUAAAGACUUCCUGACAGGGAUGUGCAUGUACCUUCAGUCGCUACGACAACAGGCUCCCGAGAGGCUGCACACGGGGCCCGGUUUCCUCGGCAACGUUCUGGUGGACCCGACGGCUCAGAUCGGGGACAACUGCACCAUCGGCCCCAAUGUGACCAUCGGCGCCGGCGUGGUCGUGGAGGACGGCGUCAGGAUAAAGCGCUGCACGGUGAUGAAGGGGGCGCGGGUCCGGUCGCACUCCUGGCUGGAGAGCUGCAUCGUGGGGUGGAGCUCCUCCGUCGGCCAGUGGGUCCGCAUGGAGAACGUGACGGUGCUGGGCGAGGAUGUGAUCGUGAACGACGAGCUUUACCUGAACGGUGCCAACGUCCUGCCUCACAAGUCCAUCAACGAGUCGGUGCCGGAGCCGCGGAUCAUCAUGUAGCUCCGGGUGGAGGAGGAGGAGUAGGAGAAAUAUGAACUCAACUGAACGCCCAAACUGUGCCAGGGAGAGAGAAAGAGGGGGGUGAACACACGGGCAGAAGGAAGGAAGGGAGGAGGAGAGAAAGAAGAUGUCUUUUUUUCUUUAUUUGAUUUAGUUGGACUCGUUCUUUGCCCUGAUUGGCUGCACCCUCCGUCCGUCGGACACGAUGGAGCAUGUGAUCUGGGAACGAGCAGGCCGGCCCGUCGGGCGUAUCGCUUCAGGUGAGACGUCGAAAUGUCCCGACAGUGGCGGACGACGUGAACACUGACUUAAUAGAAAAGGGUGGAGGGGACUAAUACUGAGUGUACUGAGGGAGGAGGAGGGUUAGAGAGCGAUAUGUGAUCUGUUUAGAUUCACUACUAUGCAUUUACAUUCACCUGGACAGUGUGAGUACGGUGGCCCCGAAGGGUCCCACACGACUACAAGCAACAUGCUUCUCUGGUGGAAUCGUGGCGGAUGACACUUGAGAUUUUCAGAUUGCGUACGUUCAAAACAAAAUGCAGCGUUUAGUUAUAAUCAAAGCAGAACAAGCUGUAGACUCAACACCUGACGUGUCCGUCUGACUGAUGAAUGUGAUCUGAACCGUUUUUAUAUAAAACAUAUUGAUUAGAGCAGCUUUUCUCUAAUGUCCUUGUUUUUUUUUUUUUUUUUUACUGUUCUUUCUUUUUAAUCAUGAAAACUAUUUGCUUCAACAGAAUUUAUAUUUUUCAGCAUGUUUCUCAUCGGUUUGGGUUUUUUCUUUCUUGCAGUUCAAUGUUGUUAUUGUUGUUGUUGUUGUUGUUUUUGAGCGUUCCUCUCCAGGUGAGGCUGUUGGGAAUUUCACUCUGCGCUUUUAGAAGGAUCGAUUCAUCGAUUUAGUUUGGUCCAUAAAAUGUCGAUCGUGUUUCCCAAACCCCCAAGAUAAAGUUAUGUUUUGUUCACACACACCA